AUGAAGAACAUCCUCGCCGUCCUCGCCGCCCUCGCCGCAGUUGCCGCGGCCGUCCCCGGCAAGCCCCAAGGCUGCCAGCCGGCGACGUACGGAUGCGCCAAGAACCCUCAGUCGGGCGUUGACGGAUGGCAGGUCUGCGACGUGACGCACCAAUGGGUGUAUGCUGGCGACUGCCCCCCAAACACCCACUGCCACUUCCUCCAGGCCAACGGCAGCCCCUAUUGCAUUCCAUGA